AAAAUCUCAUUUGCUUCUUCUUCCAUGGCUUUAUCCUUUGCUCCUUCAACAAGAUUCUCCAAGAUGCAAUCAGGGGUAUGGAACAGUGGAUCCUACAUGCCACGAGUUACCGUGAGAUGCUGUGAAACCGGAAAAGAGCCUCCACGACCAAAAUCAAAGCUUCAAGUCGGAUCGCCAAUCAUCAUCGUGGAAGCACCUAAAGUGAUAAAAACAGCCGCUUCAAUGCCUUGUCUUAGGGCUAACGCUGGUUUGGUCAAGCCUGGCGAUGUUGGAAGAAUCGUGUCGAGAAAACCUAAGGACUUGUGGGCAGUUCGACUCUCCAUCGGAACGUAUCUUUUAGAUGGUAAAUAUUUCAAAGCUUUAGAGCUUGACGAGUGAGCCAGUGAUUGAGAUAAUGUCACGUAAAUUUCAGAUUUAAUUGUGUAUAUUUUCAAUAUAUGUAUACUAGAUAUAUAAUUUUUUUUUUCGAAUUC